CCCUUUUUUAUUUCUCGCGCGAGCUGACCCUCUGACGGCUUCGUCUAUCGCCUCCCGCGCGUAUCCCCACGCUGCGACGCUCGUCAUUCUUAUCCGCCUGCGUGCCUCUGCCUCCGCUACCUUUAUAGCUCUAGCCUCCUCCUCCUCCAUUCCCUCCCCAUGCCUUCGUCGUGCAGCAGCCAGCAACCGUCGUCAGCUGAGAGCAUCGCGUUACACCAUUCUAAUUUCUAGCGUCCGUCCGUUCGAGUGAUCUGCGUUGUUUGCUCGCCCCGCCUGAUCUUCCUGGGAAUGGAGGCCUACGUCCUGUUCGCGCGCGGCAAGCAGGCGAUCAGAUUCGAGGAGCAGGAGGAGGACAUCGGCUGCGACUCGUCCGCGGCGGGUUCCUCAACGUCGUCGUCGGAUGAGGUGGAGCUCGCCGACGACGCCAGCUCGUCGGGGUCGACCGGCGACCACUUCGAGAUGGCCUCCCUCAUGACGCAGCUCCCAAUCAAGAGGGGCCUGUCCAAGUUCUUCGACGGCAAGUCGCAGUCGUUCGCGUCGCUGGCGGCGGUGGCCGGCCUGGAGGACCUGCCCAAGCCGCCGGCGAAGCGCCUCAAGGCGUCGCGGAGCUGCGGCGUCGGCCUCAAGGACGCGCACCGCGGCAGCCUCGCCGCGCCCGCGGCCGGCAAGAAGCAGGCCCCCAGGGCGCGCCUGUCGGCGCCGAGGAGACUGAUGCGGAUGCGGCCCCUCGUGACGGCGAGGCCGGCGGCGGCGGCUGGGCAGCCCCUGCUAUUUGCCUAGGGGAUUUGCCCGCCGGCCUGGCCGUAGAAUCACACUGCGGCGUGAUACGGUUGUUGGUUAGCGUGGAUCUUGGAAAUGAAAUGGCGAGAGGAGGUUUGGCAUCGCGUGUGUCGAUGCCUCUGCAUCUGUAAAUAUUUUUGCAAGAGAGAGCUAACACGGUACAAAGGCGGUUUCUUCUGAAUUUGAUUCGGCUUCAAUCAGAAAAUCAAUUUGUCCUUUUCAGAAC